AUAGCGCCCUGCGCGCACGCGCACAAUUUGAGGGGCGGUACCGUUCUAUUUAAUGCGCACGUAGCUACCUGUUUGGUCCGCCUCCCGUAAACCAGCUGACAGCCAGCCCACCGACCUCUGUUACUCAGAAAUGGCCUACAGAAAACCACCAGGAAUGGCCAAGAAAAGAGCAGCUCCCAAGGCAGAGCUGACGGAGGAGCAGAAGCAGGAGAUCAGAGAGGCCUUUGAUCUCUUUGAUGCAGAUGGCUCAGGGGCAAUUGACGCCAAGGAACUAAAGGUGGCAAUGAGAGCACUUGGGUUUGAACCAAAGAAGGAGGAAAUCAGGAGAAUGAUCGCUGACAUUGAUAAAGACGGAUCAGGGACAAUAGACUUCAAUGAAUUUCUCCACAUGAUGACAGCAAAGAUGGGAGAGAAGGAUUCAAAGGAAGAGAUCCUAAAAGCCUUUCGUCUGUUUGACGACGAUGAAACAGGGAAGAUAUCUUUCAACAAUCUGAAGAGAGUGGCGAAAGAAUUAGGAGAAAAUCUUACAGACGAGGAACUUCAGGUUGGCCGAACCUUUCUGUUCUACCGUAUGGUCAGUUGUAUUUGGGGGCACUUUUGUGAAGAUUCUUUCUCCUUGAAUAAUGGUAAGGAAAUGCAGUGAACCUCCUUAUUCGGAGAUGUCCCUCAUUUUGAGGUAUUACAAUGGGUAUAAUAAUAGUCAUUUAUAGAGAGGUGACCUUUAUUCAGAAUGUAUGUUGUGUGUGUUAUAAUUGGUGUGCAGGAGAUGAUAGACGAGGCAGAUAAAGAUGGAGACAGUGAAGUGAGUGAAGCAGAGUUCCUCAGAAUCAUGAAAAAGACAAACAUGUACUGACAGACUCAGUCUCAUGUAUACAUGCACAUCUCUCCCCAUGUCAUACGUCAUCAUUAUGCUUAUACUGUCUUUGUGUAUAUAUUAUUGCAGGCAUGUUUUCUGCU